UGAACAAGUUGCAACAAAUAUUUGUUCUUGAUCUUCAACAACUUAGGCUUGUCAUAUUUUUUGGUUAAUUGUAGUCUCUACACUUAAUGAUUGUUUAUCAAAUGAAAGAUUUUUCUCCUAGAAUUGAUCUUCUAGGCGUUUGUUGAUGAAAUAAUUUGGAAUGUGCAGAAAUUUUGUUGGUCAAGCUCUAACUUUUAAGUAGCUGUACUAGAUCUUAGGGUGAACAUGUCAUUAUGGGUAAUGUAAUAAUUAAAUAUGCGAAUAAAUAAUCAAGUGUAAGAAUUUGUGUCUGAAUUGAUCAGCUUCUCUACAAAUUCUAACUCCGCUUCGAGCUUUUACCAGUCGCUGGUGGACGAUGAACAUAGCCUCCACCACUGCCUCCAUUAACUUCCCCUUCCAACUCUCAUCACUCGCCUUUCGCGCGUCCCACCAACGCGCCACUCUCUCACUCUCUUUCGCUCCUCUCUCUGUCUCCAAGACCGCCAUGGCCUCCGCCGCUCUCCGAUCAUCCACUCCGGUCCCCAACGAACUCAACAACGACUCCGACUUCGAAUCUCUUCUCUCUCCCGACGGUUACAUCUCCAUAUGCGGCUUCGGCUCUCUUCUCUCCGAGAGAAGCGCACGGAGCACUUUCCCUGAUUUGGCAAACUUCCGAACCGCACAGUUGAAAAGCUUCCGGCGCGUCUUCGCGCACGUCGCUCCGGUUUUCUUCGAGCGCGGCAUUGCAAAGCCCGAAACUAUGGAGAUUUCGAGCUUGAGUGUGGAGCCAUGUGAAGGAGAAACUCUUGUGGUAACAGUGUUUGAGAUCAGAAAAUCAGAGAUUCCAGAUUUCAUCAAGAGGGAGGUUGAGUUUCGGUUUCUUGCUGUUCUUCCUGAAACGCUUGAUGGCCAUGCUUUUGAUUUUCCAGCGGUCCUUUGUGCCCGUUACAGUGAUGAGGAAUUUUUCAACAUUAGAUGUAAAGGAAACAAGGAAAUCUAUUUUCAGCAAUAUGGGCGGUGGAAUAUAGAUAAAAUUUGGAGAGAUGAUGUCUUACCUUGUCGGGUUUAUCUUCGACACUGUGUACUAGCAGCAAAGAAUCUUGGUGAAACAGCCUACAACAACUUUCUGGAUCACACUUAUCUUGCUGACCGUAAAACAACCAUUCGCGAGUACUUGGCAACAACAGGUUCUGGUAUCAUGGAAGAGCAGCCCCCUGAAUCCCUCAAGCACCGCUAUGGCGGUUGAUACUUUCAACAACCAAUUUUAGCUGCAAUGAAUAUGUCAAUGUAAAGUGAUGGCAGAUGAAUGGCUUGAUUCUUCAAUAUAGAAAACUGUACAUUCUUUAAUAAUUGAUUCACGAUAUUCAUUCUUCCGAUUUGGUGCAAGAGUUGAAUAUCAAGUCUGAAAACAGCAUCAAUACAACUGACCCGAACAUGUGUGUAAAAGAACAUUAUUGCUGAUGUGUGUAGAAGAACACUAUUGCUGAGUACCGUUUCAGUGUUUUCUUGGUUGAGCA